AUUUGCUGAGAAAUCCAAGGAGCGCAGAAACAACGAUAGGUUGCAUAUCGAUGGAGAGUUUUGCGGGUCAGUACUACUACCAAUCAGAUGGCACGUCAGACGGAGUCUGCGGAUUGUUCCUAAUAGGGCUUAGUAAUCAACUGGUGGAGAUCGACUUUACAGAGUUCCAGGUAGACUGCGCGUCGGGAGGACUGCUCAGCAUUGUGGACGGUUGGGAACUGAACGGACAAGUUUUCCCGGGUGAUAUCGAUCACGAAGAUCCGCUAGACGAACGAUUCCGGACUUUCUGCGGUGCCCACAAGCCCACCAAAAUCUACCUCUCUUCACAAAACGUCGCCUUGAUCCAAUUCCGUUUACCGCGAGCUGGUGAUGGUUUUAGAGUGACCAUCAGGUUUCCCAGAAAUCCACAGCCCUGUAACGUUGUCUCGCUGUAUCAGGAUGGUUAUUACACACUCAAAAACUACGGCCACAAGAAGAAUUGCAGCGUGUCCAUCAUCUACCCGGAGAAAAUCCGAUUGGUUAACGUUGAUGUGGGCGUGACAGUGUCUCUACCGGAAGUGGCCUUUGACAUGGAAACUGGGCUUACUGGCAAGUGCGGGACGAAUGACUACGUGGAGCUGAUGGACGGCAAUGGAUUGGACACUGGCCGAAUGAAACCGAGGCUAAUAUUCUGCGGCGCUGAUUCUGUGACACAUCGUGAUGAGAUGAUCCUGGGCUGUCAGCACUCCGUGGUGCGCCUUGUCUCCAGCGGCAGGUUCCACAACUCCGUCACCUUCGCUUACAAGAUCCCUUCAGACGAGGAAAUGGCUAGCAUCAGUCCAGACCAUUGCUAGGUUUCCGUCCCUUUUCUCACUACUUGUUACGCGUUUUGUUUGUGCU